AUGGACUCAGAAAUCCCGGCACCAUCAGGGGACCCCCUGUCCGAGCUGAUUACCACCUUCAACGAGCUCAACGGCGCCUUCAUCAACGAGCUGAACGAGGAGCCGAGCCCCCUCGAGUUCAUGCGCUAUGUCGCCCGCAACACGCCUUUCGUCGUCCGCGGGGCUGCUUGCUCGUGGAGGUCGAACAAGACCUGGGACAAGGAGUUCCUGCUGGAUGCCUUCAAGGAUCAGACUGUCAAUGUCGCCGUGACCCCGUUUGGCAACGCCGAUGCGCCAACCUCCCAUGACGAAGAAGUAGUCUUCGCAAAGCCCCAUGAGGAACAUCAAGAUUUUGAAGAGUUCCUCAACUACGUGAUAGAUCAAGAACGAAGCAAAGACACCACCUCAGAAGUCCGCUACGCCCAGACCCUCCCCUUCGCCCGCAUCGCCCUCGACCGCGACCCGGACGCCAUAAACCUCUGGAUCGGCAACGCCCGCUCUGUCACAGCCCUUCACAAGGACAACUACGAAAACAUCUACGUCCAGGUCCGCGGCCGCAAGCACUUCGUCCUCCUCCCGCCCCUAUGCCACCCUUGCGUUAACGAGCAAAGCCUCACCCCCGCGACGUACCACCGCCGGCGUAAAGAGUCCUCCGCCGACGACCUCAUCCUGGAGCUUGAUUGCGACGACGACAAUGACGCGGAUGGGGAGAAGGGCAAGCUAUCAGAUAAAGUCCCGUUUGCGACGUGGGACCCGGACUUCCCCCAGGUCAACGCCAUGCCGUACUCUCACCUCGCGGAACCCGUCAGAGUCACCCUCGAACCUGGCGACAUGCUCUACCUCCCUGCCAUGUGGUACCACAAGGUUUCACAGUCCUGCCCAGCAGACGGCGAAGGGUUCGUGUUGGCGGUCAACUACUGCUCCUUCGUCAGAAACAUCAGUCUACAAAAGUCUUCACCCUCAGCGGCAAGGCAAUAA